UCUGUCUGCAGUUUCAGGCCUCUCCCUUUUCCAAGAAUGGCUCCUGCUUGGCAGAGACUGGGGGCUUGGGCCUCUCUUUUGAAAAGACAGCAAAGAGGAUGGCUGGAGGUCAUCCCGCAGGAAAGACGAGUGUUUCCAAGCUACUGUAACAGAGGUAUUUACAGUGCCACUGGAAAGUGGACAAACGAUUAUGUGCUGCAGACUAGGAAAGAUGUGGAAAAGUGGUGGCAUCCACAAAUCAAGGACCAGGCCUCUAGGAUAUCAGAAGUUGAUAAAUCAAAGCCCAAGUUUUAUGUGCUUUCCAUGUUUCCCUACCCCUCUGGCAAGCUGCACAUGGGCCACGUGCGAGUUUACACCAUCAGUGAUACGAUUGCUCGCUUCCAGAAGAUGCGGGGCAUGCAGGUUAUCAACCCCAUGGGAUGGGAUGCUUUUGGGCUGCCUGCUGAAAAUGCUGCCAUUGAGAGAGAUCUUCAUCCAGAAAGUUGGACACAAAGUAAUAUCGAACACAUGAGGAAUCAGCUGGAUAGGCUGGGUCUGUGUUUCAACUGGGAUCGGGAAAUAACUACAUGCUUACCAGAUUACUACAAAUGGACUCAAUAUCUCUUUAUUAAGCUCUAUGAAGCUGGACUGGUUUAUCAAAAGGAGGCUUUGGUUAACUGGGACCCAGUGGAUCAAACUGUCCUUGCCAAUGAGCAGGUGGAUGAACAUGGCUAUUCAUGGCGUUCUGGAUCUAAAGUGGAACAGAAGUACCUCAAACAGUGGUUCAUUAAGACAACUGCUUAUGCGAAGGCCUUGCGGGAUGCACUGGCAGACCUUCCAGAGUGGUAUGGAAUUAAAGGCAUGCAGGCCCACUGGAUUGGAGACUGUGUGGGCUGCCGACUGGACUUCACACUGAAGGUGGAUGGGCAGGUCAUAGGAGAAAAGCUGAGUGCCUACACAGCCACCCCUGAGGCCAUCUAUGGAGCUUCCCAUGUCGCCAUCUCCCUGGAUCAUGGGCUCCUGCAUGGCCACAGUCCUCUGAAGGCAGCAUUGCAGAAAGCUCUGGUCCCCGGCAAAAAUUGCCUCACACCUGUGAUAGCUGUGAACAUGCUCACCCAGCAAGAAGUCCCUGUUGUUGUCUUGGCUGAAGCUGACUUUGAGGGCUCCCUGGAUUCAAAAAUAGGAAUCCCCAGUACCAGCUCAGAGGACACCACCUUAGCCCAAACCCUGGGCCUGGCCUACUCUGAAGUUAUUGAAAUGUCGCCAGAUGGCACAGAGAUACUGUGCAACUCUGCUGAGUUCACAGGCAUGAAGCGACCCGAUGCCUUUCUAGCCCUCACUCAGAAAGCUCGAAGGAAGAAAGUUGGCGGAGAUGUGACGAGUGACAAGCUAAAGGAUUGGCUGAUCUCACGCCAGCGCUACUGGGGCACACCCAUCCCCAUGGUGCACUGCCCAACCUGCGGCUCCCAGCCAGUGCCCCUGGAAGACUUGCCCGUGACCUUGCCCAGCAUCACUUCUUUAACUGGCAAGGGAGGGUCCCCACUGGCUGCAGCUUCCGAGUGGGUACACUGCUCCUGCCCCCGGUGCAAAGGAGCAGCCCAGAGAGAGACAGACACGAUGGAUACCUUUGUGGACUCUGCAUGGUACUACUUCAGAUACACUGACCCCCAGAAUGCUCAGAGCCCUUUUAGCUCAGCUCUGGCAGAUUACUGGAUGCCUGUGGAUUUGUACAUUGGGGGCAAAGAACAUGCUGUCAUGCACUUGUUCUAUGCAAGAUUCUUCAGUCAUUUUUGCCACGAUCAAAAACUGGUCAAGCACAGAGAACCUUUCCAUAAGCUGCUGGCUCAAGGCCUCAUCAAGGGGCAGACAUUUCGCCUACCGUCUGGACGGUAUCUUCGGAGAGAGGAAGUAGAUCUCACAGGUCCCAUACCUGUUCAUGCGCAGACAAGAGAGACGCUGGAGGUGACGUGGGAGAAGAUGAGCAAGUCCAAGUACAACGGGGUGGACCCCGAGGAAGUGGUGGAGCAGUACGGCAUCGACACUGUCCGCCUCUACAUCCUUUUUGCCGCCCCCCCAGAGAAGGAUAUCUUGUGGGAUGUGAAGACCGAUGCUCUCCCCGGGGUGCUGAGAUGGCAGCAGCGUUUGUGGUCCUUGGUGACCCGGUUCAUUGAGGCCCGGGCUUCUGGGGAGCUGCCCAAGCCACCACUGCUGAGUAGCCAGGAGAAAGCUGAGGCCAAGAAGCUCUGGGAAUACAAGAACUCGGUCAUCUCUCAGGUGACCUCCCACUUCACAGAGGACUUCUCACUCAACUCUGCCAUUUCUCAUCUGAUGGGACUCAGCUCUGCCCUCUUGCAAGCCUCUCAGCGAGUCGUGCUGCACAGCCCCGAGUUUGAGGAUGCUCUGUGUGCUCUGUUGGUGAUGACUGCUCCCAUGGCCCCCCACAUCACCUCUGAGCUCUGGGCAGGCCUGACUCUGGUGCAGAGGAAGCUGUGCACGCACUACGCCUGGGACUCGGGCGUGCUGUGUCAGACAUGGCCCACUGUGGAUCCACAGUUCCUGCAGCUGCCGGACGUGGUGCAGAUGGCGGUGCUGAUCAACAACAAAGCAUAUGGCAAAAUCCCUGUGCCUCAUCAGGUCGCCCAGGACCAGGACAAAGUCCGUGAAUUUGUUCUCCAAAGCGAGCUGGGCAUGAAACUCUUGCAGGGACGAAGCAUCAAGAAGGCUUUCCUCUCGCCUAGAACUGCACUCAUCAACUUCCUGGUGCAGGAGUGACCACAUGUGGGUGGCCAUCAGACUUCCGGGAACCUCUUCCCACCCCAAUGGAGAGGAGGGAGUCCUCCAGCCCAGGGGAAGGAGAAGAAAACCUAUGUCCGGAGGCCCCCUGCUUGCUGUGAUGAGUUGGCACUGUCCUCUGGGGUUCAGCCUAUGAUGCCAAAGAGAGGGCCGUGUGGCCAGUUUAAAAACAGGCAAAGUAGUAUCUGCCUCGCUGGUUCCCCAUUUCCCUGAGGUGGCCAUCGGACCCCAUAUCUCUGGAGCACAGAUACUGCUGGUGGACAGUGGAGGGAGGAAGAGGCCUCUGGGGGGGCACCAGCUUCUCCAGCAGUGGAAGCUUCUGGGCACCAUGAUUUUAUAGCUAGCCAGAUAUUGGUUGCUCAUGCUAGAGAACCCCAGCUGGCUCUUAAUUCCAAAGCCAUCCACAGCCCAACAAGGACUGUAUUUGUGUGGACCUCAGAGUUGGCAGCCUGGAAGAGGAGCC